CGCUCCUUAUCCGACAAUGGUUCGUAUAUCCUUGACUUGCAUUGUUUCUUCCUCUUCCGGUUGGCGUCCCGUACGAGUGGCAGAUCAACAAAACAGAAAUGGCAAAGUCAAAGAAUCACACCACCCACAACCAAUCCCGCAAAGCCCACAGGAAUGGGAUCAAGAAACCCAGACCAGACCGUUAUGAGUCCAUGAAAGGGGUUGACCCCAAGUUCAUGAAGAACAUGCGUUUCGCCAAGAAGCACAACAAGAAGGGCCAGAAGAGCGCCAAUGCAGCAGCCAAGAAGCUUGCUGAUGCUGCGGGACCUUAGGCUGGAUGGCCAUCGGACAUCUCUCCCUGUGUUGCCAUGUUAGCUUGACUUUGUACUGUCACAAUAAAGCUAUGCUUUGUUUAAAAAUGA